AUGAAACUGAUGAAUGGGUUGGAGCACAGUAAUUUAGUAUAUAAACAUAUAACAAUUGAAUAAUUUACAAAGAUUAAAUCACUCAACUAAAAAUUAUUCUAAUAAUCAAUUAAAAACAGAGCACAAUUUGAAUAAGAAUUAUAAGUCAAUAAGAAUUAUCUUGCAUGGAAUAAAUAAAGAUAGGAUGAGAUCUCAAGAAAGAUUGAUGUUCUUCUUGAUGAAUAAUGUCUUAGUAACUAAUUAUUUGUGAGAUCAAUUAAGCAAAAUAGAGAAGCACUUGAAGUUGUAAGAGUACUUAAACAAGAUGCUGCUGGUUAUAUUAUAAAUGUUGAUCCAUUUGAUUAGUCUAAGAGAAAGCAACUAGUGUAGCUCAAAAGUCAAAACAUACAGAAAUCUUUUCAAUGAAAAUGAAGUUAAGACUUUCUUGAAUUUGGCUUAAACGUAAUAAGAAGAAGGAUUAAGCAGAGGGGCUACAUUGGCUGAAAGAGUUCUUACGGUUCUUGAAUCACUUGAAGCCAAUCUCUAAGCUUCCCUUGAGGCUCUUGAAGUAAAUGAAAUCAUUGCUUCAUGGUAAUUGGCUAGGUGGAUUUCUUUUAGUGAAGCUGAAGUAGCAAACUUGAUGGUUGAAUAUGAAAAAAGCAAGUUUAUGCUGACAGUAUUGGCAACUGUAAUAAUUAUAAAUUAAUCUAUUAGUAAAUCCAAGCAGCUUUAGCUAAAUAAGCAAAGUCAAAGUUGAUUUUACAAGAAUCUCAAGAUGCCCUUGAUGAAGCAUUAGCAGACUCAGAAUCCAAGAGAGCUGAUUAUGCUGAGGCUAAAGCAAAGAUAGAUGAAGAUAAUGCCAUUUUGAAAUAGGUUAUCAUCAUCUUCAAGAAUUAAGUUGAAACAUGGCCUGGAAGAUGA